AUGUGGCUGGAUGCGAGUCGGCUGGUACCUGUUCUGGCCUCUGUUGCUGGCUGCGCUGGGCCGAGUUCGAGAAGAGUUCCCACUUUUGUUCUGUGGCGUUCAUACAUUUGCUCGGUGCUUGUGAGCCUGCUGUUGCUGUGCCGUAAGCACAUUUUUGGUGCACUGUUGCCGUUGCUUUUUCAGUUAUUUACUUUAACAACAAGCUUGGCAAUGGAUGAAAGCGACAGUGGUGAGCAUAAGGAACCUGGCGACUCCGCUGGUGCCGGCUGCAAUUCGAUGAUGCGUGACCCGAGCCAGUUCCUGAAACUUCGACCAAAGAAGUCCAUUUUGAAGGUAAUGUUGUUUCCUUUUCUGUUAUUCAAACGAAAAACCGCCUGGUUCUUUUAUGGCAUCUCUUUAUACAGCUGA